AUGGACAAGACGGUGGAUCUGAUGAAAAAGUGGCUACUUUCGUCAGGAUUAUCCAUUUCUAUACUACAAGAUGAAGCUUUUCAACAUUUUAUGAAACAAUCGAUAUCUGGGUAUUUUACUUUACCGACUAUGGUGGAUGUAAAGAAUCAGGUGCAAGAUGAAUUUACAAACUUUAGCAAGUUAUUAAAACCAUAUCUGGCUGCAGAGUUGCAAGCUGCUAAGGGACUACCGUUUCUAUGUCUUCAUCAAGAAUUUCGACCAAUUGCUCAGAAAACGACCGAUGAUGAGGCGUUGAAUCCGAAAAAGGCUUUUUUUAGUCUUGCUAUUGGUUUCAUUGACUCCCAGUGGCGAAGAGUAGACUUGGUACUUGCAGUAAAAACAGUUAAGCGUGAUUGGGACAAACAAGUGAAGCAGCUUGUGACUGAAACUGUGUCAAAGACGUACGAUAUCCAGUCAAUUUUAGACUAUGCACGAUUUCAUGUGGCUGUUGAUGAUGAUAUACUGUCAAGCCUUGGUGCUGAGGCAAAAUACGAAAUCUCAAGUGAUGAGGAAGAGGACUUGCUUACACGGUCACUGCGUCGAUGUGUGAUUGAUGCACUGGGUGUUGGUCCUGGCAGUUCGUUUGGCAUUGAGACGAACGUUCGCCGUAUUUUGCGCUUACUUCAAGAGCUGGUGAGAUUCUUUGAGUUACCUGAUCAGACCCAUGCUCCGGCUGAAGUUGAUGCCACUCAUGAUGCGCACUUGUCAUUUUGCUUCACUUCGUCGAUUGAAGAUCUGACAUACGCCGCCUCGACUUCGUUUGGUGCGAUUGCGAAUCUCCUCAAGGCUAGUUGCGCGCAGUUUCCUGUGUACUGGUCCUAUUUCAAUUCCGCCGUGAGAUCGACAGCAACUAAGCCUCAGUUAGUGGAAGCGUGGACGCAGCUUACUACGGAGGAUUGGCAGACUGUCGCGGAAAUCGAGGCGAUUUUGAAUCAUCUCGGACAGUUUCGUCUAGAAGAUCGUAUUGCUCCAAGAUUGGGAGCAGUGGCACCAUCGUACGCUAUGCUGUUCCGACGUCUCCUUUCAGUCACAACCAAUGCCUCUAGCUUCAAGUGUUACUCAAUGGAUGAACCCGCCGUCGCUUCAUCGCUCGCCAAGAGUGCCGCGCGCCGUAAGGCCAAACGCGUGGACACAUUUACUUCAACAGGCCGACAGUGUAUCCUGCAGCUUCGUCAGCUCAUCGCACAGACUUUCGCGAGUCCUUCGACUCCGCUAGCUAUUGCUGAUGAAAUUAAAGCCAUGCUGUUGGAUCCACGCAUCAGUUCGAAGGUUGCCAAUCUUGUGACGGACUCUCAUGCUUUUCAUUGCGCUCAAGAAGCUUUGCGCCAAGAACAUCGUGCUGCCUUUGAGCUGCUUGCAACUCGUAACGGUGAUGGGAGCCCUAGUGCUAGUGAUGAGAUUGAAGAUGACGACGACGACGACGAUGAAAUUAGUGCUCUUCUAAUGGUUGAUGGACCAAAGAAUCAGCCGCCUGCUGCAUCGUCCACUUCGACCACUGGUAGGCGUUCAAGUGAUGCCGUAGCCGAGGAUGAGAUUCGCGCUUGGCAAGAGUGGCAGAAAGUUUACGUCGCGUGGGAUACUCUUGCGCACAACGGGGCUGACUUGUUUGAUAAGGGCCAGUACAACUUGCUAAAGUUGUACCAUCACGUGGAUAUAUUGAAGUGGUUCCGUGAUGUUGGCCAGCAGGCGCAUCCAGCGGCGUCACUGCUAGCGCGCAUAUACCUCGGCCAGCAGCCUCCACCGUUUCGAGCUCUAGGAUCGUCGCUCUUGCGCUUCAAAAUGCAGGAAGGGACUGACUGGGUAGCUGAAGCUGCUGAGCGAGCAGAGAAGCGUUGCAUGCUGCACCACAACUGGCACCAGUAUCAACAACUAAGUGCAAGCACAACACUAUUGGCCGUCAAUAACGAGAAUGUCAACACGAGAAUUCCUUGA